ACUUUAGUCAUAGACGACAGAGUUUAGACAUAUAUCAGAGACAACUCAUGUUUUUGUAAAGUACCUAACGUUCUUUUCGUGCUAAGACUAUGUCUCUGAAACUGAGCGAUGCCGGCGCAGCUGGUGGACAUCAGACACUGGCAGUCUCGGAUGGAGAUCUGAAUGUCUUAGACCUGGUAAAGCGCUCGGGUACACAGUGUUCCAACAGCAACUCCAGCCUUCCCAGCGUGCCGAGCGGUGGGGCCAGCGGGGUGGGUCGGGUGGCCAGCUGGGCUGUCAGCUUUGAAAGGCUGCUCGAAGAUCCACUGGGAGUCCAUUACUUCACAGAGUUUUUGAAGUCUGAAGUCAGUGUGGAGAACAUUCUUUUCUGGUUGGCGUGUGAGAAUUUCCGCAAAAUACCUCCCAACAAUACUGAAAAGUUGACCAAGGAGGCCACGUCAAUCUACAACAUCUACCUGUCCAAAUCCGCCUGUAAUCCUAUCAACAUUGACGACAAGGUUCGAGUCGAAGAAAAGGAUAUACAGCAACCUCAUCCAGAAAUCUUUCAAAAAGCUCAGACACAGAUCUUUAAGCUGAUGAAGUUUGACAGCUACACUCGCUUCGUCCGCUCACAGCUCUAUCAGAAAUGCAUGCUGGCUAAUGUGGAGGGAAGAUCCCUGCCAGAGCUCGGCCAGUACACUAAACCUCCGCUGACUGCUAGACACAGCAGCCCUGCAACCAGGGAGCUGCCGAAAUUAAAAGAGAAGGCAAAGGUGAAGUUUGGGAAGAGUGCAGGAGGAGAGUCAGAUGAUGUGGUAGAGAGGAGGAAGCCCGGGCAAGUAAAGAUGAGCUGGGAGAAGCGCAAAGAGAAGAGAGGAUCCUGGGGAGAGCCACAAAUGACUGGGAGACCUGGAUCUUUUCACAGUGGAGAGGGGGAACAGUUAGUUGCUCGUUCGGCUGACUCUGCAAGUGAGUUAAAGACCACAGCUGAUAAGUACUGCUGCGUGUUCUUGCCGGAUGGCACAGCCUCGUUGACCCCCGCCCGACCUGGUGUCACUAUUCGCCGUAUGCUCACAGGCCUGUGCGAGAAGCGAGGGCUUCCUCUGUCCGACAUCAUCAUCUACCUCCAGGGGAAAGACAAGCAACCACUUUCUCUGGAACAAGACAGCUCGGUGUUAAAGGAUCAGCAGGUUGUUCUGGAGCUGCGGGUGACAUUUGCUCUGGAGGUAGUGUUCACAGGUAAAACUGUGGCUAUGGUGGUGAAAGCCAGCAAGACUCUACAGGAAGCGUUGGCUUCUCUUCUCCAAAAACACCGUCUCCGGCCCCAGGAUGUCUGUGUCACCAUGAAAGAAAGCCAAGAGCUGAUAAACAUGAACACAAUCGUCACCAAUCUGGCCAACAAGACACUAAUCCUGGACAAAGUAAAAGGUUUGGAACAGAGUCUUGCCUCGAAGAUUCCAGUUUCUGCAUUACAGGCACGCCGAGGCGCAGUGGAUGUUGAUCUGAGCGCUUCGGGUCUCUAUCGAUCAAAUCCCAAACAGAAAAACCCUGUCAUGAGAAGAGCAUAUGAUAUGGAAGGUCUGGUGGAGCUGUUGAACCGAACUCAGUGGAGCAAUGCUGAUGACCAACGUGGCCUUCUGAAAAAAGAGGACCUGAUCCUGCCUAACUUCUUGCAGCUGCCUCUGGAGGAACCUACUGAGGAAGAGGAAGAUCAGGAGGAGCAAACUAGUGAGACAGUGAGGUCUACAGAAAAUCUCACAGAACCCGAGUCGAACACGGAAGGAAACGAGGAAGCGGAUUCUUCCACGGCUUCACUUUGCUCCACAGAGCCUGGAGACAGGAAUCUAACUAAAGAGUGCUCUAACCCAGCUCGGGAAACAGUGGUUUGAAGUGGAGCUCUUCCAUAAUGGAUGUAUUUCUAUUUCCAGAGUGCUUGCACAGAGCAUGAAGGCUGCUCGGGGGUAAAAUGGACGACACUCGGCUCAAAGACCUUUUAUGACUUGAUAAGUUAAAAUGAAGGACUGAACAAGAUGUUUACAGUUUUUGUGGAUCAACACAGUGUUAAUGUUCAGCGAAAUUUAUUUAUUUGAAAAUGGAUCCUCGAAUCUCAAAUAUAUAUUAAAUGCUUUAAGAAAGACCCAGG